AGCACUCUGUAAAUGUCACUCCUUUUGUAUAUCUUUGCAUACCAGACACAAAUUAUGAUGGUGCGCAGUGAAUCUACAGUAGCCUCCGGGCUAUAAAUAAUUCAUUUCAGGAAAAGGAUCUAUUUGCCCCCGUGCCUCUGUGGCGCGCGUGUGCACCUGGUGCCAUUUGGUGACGGCAGACGCGUCCAGGAGCACACCUCCGGAUCUCUCUGCACAUUUUUUACCUCCAUAUCCACAUUGAUUUUCAAUCGAGACACUCGCGUGAAUAACUUAUGCAGGGAUUUGUAUUCGCGCAGAGGAGAAAUCUCGACAUAGAUUGAGAAGAAAUAUGUAGGAGAGACGGAGCGAGUUUGGGACAAGUUGUUCCCAAGUCUCCGAGUGUGAUUGGGAUUCAUUCUAACGGGCUGCUGGUCCUCCUCAGUCCCCUCCAGAUGUUGCUUCACACCUACCGGAUGUAAACGGGCAAUAAUCGGCCAGUUUGAGCACAGAGAUGGUCGCUUCAGCACGCUGGACAGCGCUCGUGGAAGUUGGAGAGGACGGCUGCGCGCGGACACGCGAGGAUUUAGUGGAAGUGAAGGAGCGAUGAGAGCGGGGGACCAUGGUGGAUUUUAAGAGCUUCUUACCAACAGCAGGUGACCCGAGAGCGGACUGUCCGGAGUGAGACAUGGACUUUGCUGAGGUCCUCUUCGCUUUGUUCAUCGUUGUGGUCGCGGUCGUCUCGCUGUUGUCCAACUUGUUGGUGCUGUUAUGUUUCGUCCACAGCACCGAGAUCCGCCGGCAGGUGCCCGGGGUCUUCACCAUGAACCUGUCCUUCUGCAACAUCCUCAUCACGGUGCUCAACAUGCCGGCCACUCUGGUGGGGAUUAUCCGGGACCAGCAGCCUUUUGGGGAUUGCAUUUGCCACACGGUGAGCUUUCUGGAGACUUUCCUCACCGCCAACACCAUGCUGAGCAUGGCGGCCCUCAGCAUAGACCGGUGGAUAGCGGUGGUCUUCCCGCUCAGCUACUCCACUAAGAUGCGCUACAAGGACGCGCUGAUCAUGGUGUGCUACUCCUGGCUGCACUCCUUCACCUUCUCCCUGACCGCGCUGCUCUUCUCCUGGCUCGACUACAACCACGUGUAUGCGUCCUGCACGCUGCAGCCCAGCCAGGAGAGCAGCGACAGGAUUAAGUUUACAAUCUUCACCGUCGUUUUCCACGCCACCAGUUUCAUGCUCUCCCUGCUCAUAUUGUGUUUCACCUACCUGAAGGUGCUGAAAGUGGCCAGGUUUCACUGCAAGAGGAUUGACAUAAUCACCAUGCAGACUCUUUUCCUCCUGGUCGACAUUCACCCGAGUGUGAAACAAAGAUGUUUAGCAGAGCAAAAGAGGAGAAAGCAGAGAGCCACAAAGAAGAUCAGCAUCUUCAUCGGCUCAUUCAUCAUCUGCUUUGCUCCUUAUGUAAUUACAAGGCUGGCCGAGCUUCUUCCCUUCGUGGACGUCAACCGCCGCUGGGGAAUCAUCAGUAAGUGCCUGACCUACAGCAAGGCUGCGUCCGACCCCUUUGCCUACUCCCUCCUACGUCAGCAGUACAAAAAAGUCCUGGUAACUGUGGUCAACAGGCUGCUGCGCCGUGACCUGUACCCCUCAUCAGGCCAUAACAGCUCUCUAGACACAGAGAACGACUACUGUCUCCAGAGGAUCAGCUAAUGGCCAACGCCAACAUGGCACAUACACACUACGGCCAGAAAUAAAGGUUGGCUCCUGGAAGAAGGUGGGCGGAGGAAAGAAUGAGGCAGAGAGACGGAUAUUGUUAGGAAAGGAAGAGAGCAGAUAGAGGGGACAGAUUGUGGGUGUGGGGCGAUGAGAGAGAGAAAAUAAAGAAGAUAGUGGGCGGAGAAGAAUGAGGAGACGAUGAUGAGGGGGAGGAGGAAGGUGUGAAGGGGAAGACAGAUAGGGAGCAGACGCUGGCCUCAGAGAGUAUCGGUAAACAAGAGAUCUGUGAUUCAUCGGAGACACAAAGACUCACAGAUCAGACCGAUCAAUGCCAUGGAAUCAGUCCUGGUUCAGAUUAAUCUCUAACUGAUGGACCACUCAGCUGGACACAGCCCCCUUUCUUCUCUUUCUGCGACAUGUAGAAAGUGGCCUUUUGUACCAUACCAACCACUUUGUAAUGAUUUUGGCAAAUCCACAUGUAGUGACCUUUCCUCUGCCAUAGAAGGAGGCCCAGAGCUGGAAGCUGAGGGUCGAUAGGUGCUGGAGUGAAAUGUGAAAGACGACAGUAUGUUCUCCUGCUUCUGGAUAAUGUACUCUUAGUGUGGAGUCUCAACUGCUGCACAUUAUUGCCAUGUUCUGUAUUGACCAUGUUAGAUACUUUACAGUGUCAUGUCAGUCACUGAAUAUUGAUGCACUUUGUCUAAUUCUCUCAGAGCUACUAUAGUUACAGGAGCUAAAGGCAAAUAAUAUUUACACCCCAUAUCAAACGGUAAGGCCGCUGAUAUUCUAUUGUUCUGUUUUUAUUGUCAACAAGCAACAAAAUCAACAAUGUGUUACUCCAUCUCUCAUUAGUUUCAACCGUUUUUAAGAUUUUUGUUUGAGUAUAUGACAUGCAACACAGGCAUAGAUGUAUAUGAGAAGUGGAAGCUUUGAGUUUGGCACUUUUCAUCAGCAUUUUUUCUUUUUGGAGCAAGAAGUAACCAUAUCUGGACGAGAGGGUUGAACUGAGGAGGAACGAGUUAAGUUAUUAGCCAACGCUUGCGCUAGCUUGGUGAGCAAGGUGCAUUCGUAAUUCACAUUAACUGUGAUAGUAACUGGGUUGCUAAUGUUUUUGGCUAGCUAAAAACAAGCUUUAAACAAAAUGUAUUUACAGCAAAACAUGAACAACUAACUCAUUUGAGUGUCUGUUAGUACAACUGAACACUGAACAAGACAUUUAUUAGGCAACUAAAAUGUUACAAUUAUCUUUCAUAAACUAACAGCAAACAGUGAAAGGGUAAAAGUUCAAAGACAAAAACACAGACAACACCAAAAACAAGUUUGUGGCUUUUUAAAUGUCUACAGUGACAGGAUACAACACCUCUUUGUGACUGAUGGGAUGCCGUUGUAGCGAUUCUCUCAAAAACAAGAUGGCCACACCUGAAAGUAUCACCUUCUUUAUCGUCUAUUUUACUCUAAAUGGGACGAUAAUUUACUAAAAGAACAUCAUGCGAUAUUGAAGAAAACUUGAAAUAUAAGAUUGUGAGCAUCAACAAGGAAAAUGUUUACUAAGGUAUUAAAUCAAGUGAGAAGCCAUUUUCUCAUAGACUUUAAAACAGCUGGACUUUGCAACGGGUGGAGUCGCCCCCUGCUGGCCUUUAAUAAUAAUAAUAAUAAUAAUAAUAAAUUUUAUUUUGGAGGCUUCUUAGAAAUAAUGCAGGUUUAAGGCCUAACUUUUCAAACCCAGAGGUCACAUCUACUGUGUUUCCAUGGAGUCUGUUCGUACAGGUCUCUGGCCAGAAUCAAACUGUCAAUCAACGUUCAUCAAAACGUUGCCCUUAUACCGUAUGCUUAUAAACUUUUUGCAAAAAAAUACUUGAAUAGGAAAACACAGGAAUAUUUGGGUAGUAACAUGGGUAACUUAAUUAAUACGGGUUUGUUUGACUGGCUCAUGAUAAUGAAGAGUCAUGUCACCCAGUGCAACAGUUAACUGGUUUACUGGUGUGUUUUCAGACAUUUUGUACAACUGACAAACAAGAAGACUGAGAGAUUUGUUUAUUUGACUGCCAGGUGAACUGUUUAGGGCUUUUUACCGUGCUCCAAGUUCAUUUUGAUGUGUUUCAUGUAUUAAAUCUCUUGAGAAUCAAACCAGUGAACUCAUAGUCCAGGAGGCAGAGAUAAUGAUAUUGGGAGUUUAUUUGAAGAUUGAGGCUACACACUUGCUAGCAUCAAUUUAUUAUUGUUAUUUUUUCAUCAUGGGAUUUGUUGGCAAUAAGAAAAACACAGAAUAUCACUGACUUAUCCUUUUAAGUGUGAGUUUGUAACUGAAUGUACUAGAGAUAGGCCACUUUUGACUGAAAUGCGUUUGUACAACAGUGCUUUGUUUUGCCAG